AUGGGUGAGCAGGAGUGUGACCGCCUUCGAAGUCUUCUACGGCUCUCCUUUGAACCCACUAUGCCAGACGGCAGAAAGGAUGCAGGAGUUCUGAUUCUCCUUGACGGAACUCCGAAUGACUACUCUGUGUUCUUAUGUGUACGAUCGCAAGAACUGAGGAGACACCCAGGUGAAGUGUGCUUCCCAGGCGGAAUGCGGGAGAACAGCGAGAAUAUGCAGGAGACUGCCAUCAGAGAAGCGGAGGAGGAAGUGGGCCUAAAGCCGGAAGACUUCGUGUUGCUGGGGAGUCUACCGUCGUUUUUAACUCGCUCCGGAAUACUAAUACAUCCAUCAGUUACACUACUACGACGUCCGUUUCUUCCUCAACUAAACGUGAGUGAGGUACAGCGGACGUUUUGGAUAUCCCUGGAGCGAUUCCUUGACGACUCGUCGCACACCUCAUUCGACGUUGUGCACAACUAUACCGUUCAUAGUUUUAUGGUUCUACUUUUUGCCACAAGUCCUGAAAGGGCCGGUAUGAGUAAUAUAACGUCAAAGAAGAUUUUUGGGCGGAAGGGCACUGUCAACAACCCAAACCUGCGGUCUUCUUCAGAAACAUGGCAUGUGAAUAGAUUUUUUUGUCAUCUGUGCAACAACUGCUUUGAGAUUCUCGUCCACGACUUUAUGUUUUCUCCCUUACGAAUUGCAUACUAA